CGUUUUUGAACAUUGAAGAAAGGCACACCGGUACUAUCGGGCCACCGGUGUCGGGUCACCAGUACUAAACAAAAAUUCGACACUUUGGUGAGAGCAUGCAGUAUUGUGGCAUAUCAUGUCACAUAAGGUCAAGCUUGACCGCAGAAGCAUCAAGAAGCGGAUACUCCAGCUCGACUGUGCCGGCAACGCUGCCUCCUCACGCCGGCCGGCUGCCAGCAGCCGUCGCGGCCCGUGGCGUGCACCAGAGAGGGAGAGAGAUCGAGUCCGCGUGGCUCAGGCCGGCCAGAAGGUGUGUGGCGACGGCACCGUGGCAGGAGUGCGGAGAAGAGCUUGCCGAACGCGAGCAGCGGAAGGCCGAAGUGUGCCAGCGCAAGAGCCUCGCGAACGGGUGCAGAAGGAGCUCGCCGUGACACGAUGCCGGGCGGUGGUGGUGCUCUGGCGGCUGUGCACAGUGGGAAACGUCAGGCUGCAACAGGGCAGCACGAUGGUCGUGCCCCGCUGCAGCCUGGCCUGACAUGCACAGGGCGAACAGAGACGGGACUAUCGCCUGGCGCUCGUCUGGGCAAAUUUUGACCGCCGCCCGGCUCGCAACGAGCACGCAGCGACAAAAUGAUGACCGUGUCGAAGUUGAGGCUGGUCGAGAGGAAGAGGCUGCCGUGCGAGCCGGCAACUGGCUGGCUCGGCGUGGACAGCCGGCGGCGACUUUUUGCCGAAGAGCGUGCCUGCCGAAGAGCGAGUCUGACUCAAAGUGCACGGAGUGGGCGCCGCCGACCGUCGGGAGGAGUCCGAUGGGUGCCAGGACGAUCCAGAGAGCGAUGAAGGCGCAAAUUGCGCCGCCGAAACCGGCGGUAGAGGCCAGGCAGUGCGCGUGGGCCGGUCGGGCCACGUCCCGGGGCGAGCGAUCGAGGGCCGCGGGGCUCGCCCCGUCGGCCGAGCGGUGCGAACGGCCGGUCGCCCGCUUCGGGUUGGACCCGCCGGGCGGUCCGGCGGCGGAUUGCAUGGCCGGGCGGGCCUCCGGGAGGCAGGCGGGGCCGUGACAGGGGCAGGGCAGAAAUUCCAUUCGGAGAGCGUGUAGCGCGACCCGUCUGCUACUUUCAAUGAUAGGG